AUGGCGCUGGAACUGCAGAGCGAAGUGGUCGAGUUGCACGAGGAACCUGGGGACUUCUGGCUCGGCUCGGGGAUGCUCGGGCUCGGGGGCUCCCCCUCUCCGAUCAGGAUGGCAUUCAGCAUCUCAUCGCUGUCGUUUCUCGGGCUCGUGGCGAUCAUCUACUACUCGGUUUCCGGAGGGCCCUAUGGAGUCGAGGAUGCAGUGUCUUCUGCUGGUCCUUUACUGUCCCUCACAGGCUUUCUUGUCAUGCCUCUGGUCUGGUCGGUACCAGAAGCACUGGUUACGGCUGAGCUUGCAACUUGCUUCCCGAGCAAUGCUGGCUUCGUAGAGUGGGUGACUGCCGCUUUUGGCCCGUUUUGGGGCUUUGUGGAGGGCUUCCUGUCUUGGCUCAGCGCAGUGGCCGACGCCUCCCUGUACCCAGUGCUUUUUCGGGACUAUUUGGUGACAGUUUGGCCUGAGAUUGGAUCUGGCAUUGCAGGCAACAUCUUCAUCGCCAUGAUAACACUUGCUAUCACUGCUUUGAACUAUGUUGGGUUGAGUAUCGUGGGCUGGGUUGCAUUCGCGCUUGCAGGGUUCGUUCUGUCCCCGUUCGCCUUCAUGGUUGUGGUCGGUGCACCGCAGAUUGAACCGUCCAACCUACUGAUCUCUCCUCCGGCUUCAGAGGUCGACUGGUCAGGCUUUCUGAACGUCCUCUUCUGGAAUCUCAACUACUGGGAUUCGGCUUCAACACUUGCAGGUGAAGUGCAAGAUGCGGAGAGAUCGUACCCAAAGGCUUUGGCCCUGGCUUUGAUCGCCGUGGUACUCUCGUACCUUCUCCCAUUGUUGAUCGGCCUUGGCAUCCCUGGGCCAACGGCUGAUUGGAAGAACUGGCAGUCAGGGGAGCUGGCUGUUGUGGGCGGUCAAUUGGGUGGCCCGUUCGUUAAGUCAUGGGUCAUUGCUGGUGCAGCUGUCAGCUGUCUCGCACAACAAUUGUCGGAAAUGGCAGAGGGUGCUUUUCAGCUCCAAGGCAUGGCAGAAGAUGGAUGGUUGCCGAGCUUCUUUGGACACCGAUCCCGGUACGACACCCCCUCUGUUGGCCUGUUCUUGAUUGCAAUCCUGGUUUUGGUGCUGAGCUCUUCCUCAAGUUUCAGCGCGAUUGUCAAUGUGCUCAACGCCGUCUAUUGCCUUGCGCAGGUACUGGAGUUUUCGGCGUUUCUGCACCUCAGAAGAAAACACAACGACAUGGAACGCCCCUUCCGCGUUCCGUGCUCUUUUCAGGUGUGCUGCCUCAUGCUGGCGCUUCCUCUUGCUUUCUGCUUCGUUCUAUUGAUUCUGCCCUUCUUCGCCGGAGACUGGCUGCAGGUUGGCGCUAUUGGUGGUUCAGUCGCGAUGGCCGUCCUUCUUCACUGCUGUUUGGAAUUCUGCCGUCGACAUGGCUGGUUGCACUUUCGAAGGCAACCCCCCCGUGGACUUGAAGACAUCCUCGCAGCUCAAGCCUCCCAUUUCGCCAGCACAGCCUCGGAAAGCCCACAGCACGGAUCUGAGACCCUUGGUCAGUCCGAUCUUCAGAUGUUGUCGCAGACUCUGACAUCGUUGGCUCAGGCACAUGGGGCCCAUUCCUUUCAUGUGGUUCUUGCUAUGGAGGCACGCGAAGGACCGGCAGGAUUGGAGAAGGCCGCGCAGCUCUCCGACGGUUUCUCCAAGUAUUUUUCCACGCUUCGAAGCACCAGUCAUCCCUCCAAUCUGCGAGAGGAGCACGCAGAUGGCUCAUGGGAUGCAGAAGUUCCUGGGAAGGCUUCGAAUGUAAAGUGGGCGGUUCGGGAGGCUCACAGAGAGCUUCUAAAGGAGUCCGUGGAUCCUGCUUCAGUGAUCCUCACAGUUGCGGAUGCAGAUGUCGUUUUCCAUCCAAGAUAUUUCAGCCACUUGACGAGGGACUUCGGCGUUGUUCGUCGGCGUGGAGGUGGCUGGCAUGAGUGGACCAUUUGGCAAGCACCACAGCUGCCAUUUCGAAAUUACUAUGCGUCGCCGGCUUGUUCCCGGGUGUGGGCCUAUGUUGCGUCUAUUUGGGAAUGUGGUGGGGUUGCAGGCCUCAGCUUCGGGAGCGAGCAUUUUGCCUUUAGCACCUACUCGCUGCCGCUGCUCCUGGCAGUGGAGGCGGAAGCCCACGAGGGAGAUGUGAUUGCGGAGGACCACCACUGCUACAUUCGCUGCUUCUUUUACAGCGCUGUGAAGGAAGCUGCGCUCGCUCAGGGAGGCCAGGAAAUUCCAGCAUGGCGAGGCCUGGCUAGGGCACACCUUCGACCAAUCUUCCUGCCUGUGAAGUCCACAUCUGUCGUUUCAGACAAGGGUGUCUGGCAGACUUGGAUAGACAGGUGGUUUCAAGCCAAGAGACAUGCUCAGGGCGUUGCUGAGCUCUCCUUCUUCGUUUUGGCUGUCUGGGACGCUCUGCGACAGCUUCCCACAGCAUUGUGGUCGGCCUCGUUUGCACUCUCUGUUGCGAGGAUGGCAGGCACGCUGGUGUUCAUCCACAUGAUUCCGCCAUGCCAUUUUGUGGCCAUGGGAAGCCUGCUUCUCUACUGGAUGGCCAACGGGCACAUCGACAUCUGCAGUCCAGCCGAGAAUGCCAGGGACUUCGCUUUGUGCAGUGCAGCCGGGGUGUGGAAUCCAGCAUGGCCAGCCAUCCCAAUCACGGCACUGAUCAUUGCUGCAAGCGUUGCCAUGGUGUCGACGGUCUACCUGCAGCCCUUGGAGCGAGGCCACUAUCGCAGCUCGCUUUGGACAUUGGAGGCCGGUGGCCUUCCCACGACAUGCGGUUCAUCACUGAUGACACUCACAGGCCUGGUGCUGUGGGACUGCUUGGUUUGCACUGGGCUUCUUGUGCUUCCCUACGGCAUCGUCACUGAGAUUUUGGCCUUCUGGAACGUUGCUUUCAGGGGAAAUCGCUUCGACUACGUCACGGCUGCAAAGGCAAUGGCUCCAUCAGAGCUGCCGGAAGUGCAGACGAGGCCAUUGCUGCGAUCAGCUGCCUGA